AUGUCAGAAGUUCGGCCUGUUGUUCCAGGUAAAGUUUCUGGCUCAAAAUGUGUGCUGCCAAACGGGAAGCUGUUACAGAAGGCGGUCCGGAAGGAGGCGCGCCUGCUCACCGACAGAGAGCGCUUGCAGAUAGCGAUCGCGCUGAACAAGAUGAAAGCGGCUGGAUUGUAUGACCGCUAUGGUUUAGUGCACAAAUACAGCGGACUGCACGAAGGACCUGGUUUUUUCACGUGGCAUCGAGAGUAUCUGAAAAGAUUCGAAAUAGCGUUUCGAAGAUUCCUCCCUCAGGGCAGUCGGCUCGGCUUACCGUACUGGGAUAGCUCGCUUGAGUCGGAACUGCCCGAUCCUCGUGAGUCGAUGUUUUUCACAUCACUGUUCAUGGGUUCAGUGAGUAUGACAGGCCAGAUCGUUGAUGGUCCAUACGCUGGCUGGAAAAUCAUGGAGGGAACUCGCGAAGUGCUUCGUUUUGUUCCUGGCAUAGAAGAAGGAGCUGAAGUGUUGAACAAUGCUCGGAUAGACUUCGUUCUGGAAAAAAGGAGGAUCGAAGAGGUACUGGCAGCAGUUAUGCCGCUUGAGGUAUGA